AAUUAGGAGCUCAGGGGUGGGGUUAGUGGAAUAAGGAGUUACAGGGACAAUAAGGAGCUUUGCAGCUGGUUUACUGGAACAGACUGCUACAGAGAUAAUAAUAUGAUAACUAUAAUAAUAUUAAUAAUAAGAAUAUUAUAAUUUCUGUAACAGAAUUUACAAGAACCUGGCACCCCGCCAACCACACCUCGUCAUGAUGACCAGUCUCAUUUCGCCCCUCGCUCUCUUGUCUCUCCUUCUAGCACCCAGCCUUUGUACAACCAACAGAUUGCUGAUCUCUGUAUUAUACGUGUGAGCAUGGAGAACACCCAUGGAAACAUGUAUAAGAGCAUACUGCUCACAAGUCAGGACAAGUCCCAUGCUGUUAUACAGAGGUCACUGCAAAAGCACAACAUAGAGUCAUGCCAACCUGAUGUAUUCCAGCUUGUGCAGUUACUCUCCGAGAGGAAAGAACUCACCAUUCCAGAUUCUGCCAAUGUUUACUACUCAACGAACACUACGGCCAAUUUUGACUUUGUGCUGAGGUGGAGAACGAGAGAAAGUUGAGGUUAACUGCUCCCUGCAAGGUUCCUCCCCUCAGACAUAUCCAUCCUAUCCAGUAAUAUGUAUUCUCACCUUCCCUGCCUGUGCUCAAAACCAUAUUGAAGAGGCAUCAUACUGAUGGUUCAUCUAAUGAACAGAGAGACAAAUGGACCAUUUCCAGAAUGAGGAGCCUGUCUGAACAAUGAGUUCUGGGACGCAGCGUUGGCCCAUAUUACUGAAUGUUUUCCUGCCUCAGGAUUGGAUAAGAUAUCACAAGAUUAGUACAUAAGUGGCUACACACAUCACUACAAAUUCAAGGAAAUUGUAGUUAGUCUAACUUGCUGAGUAAUCAGAAAUACAACCAUUUGCUGAGCAACAGGGUUUCACACUCUUCCUCUUUCAGGUAGGACCACUCAUUUGGGUAAUACAAGAAUGGGUACAGUGUUUACUGCAGGCAUGGUAACCCAUAGCAACCAAUAAGAUGGUAAGAUAUACAGUAUAAUGGCAUAUUGAUUGAAAACAAAACAGUGCCCCUGUCAUGGGAAUUUUUUUUUUAAUGAAUCAGUUAAUAGUGCUGCUCCAGUAGAAUUCUGCACUGAAAUACA